UCCCCCCGUGGGUCACGUGGGUGUGUACCUGGAGCAGAUGGUGACUCUUAUAAAACACUGGACUUUGUGUUUUGUUGCUAUUUGAUGGUAGUGCUCAAUACUUACUAGGUUUUCAUUUCUAUCUACGCGGUCUAUCCGCGAGGUUAUAGAUCUAUAGUUAGGGAUGUACACAUUUGUCUUUCACAGGUCGUGAUGAAUGCUGAUCUAUUCAUUCACUGCAAUAGUUUGUCAUUAAUUAUAUAGGUUGGUGUUUUAAAACUAAAGAAGAUACUGUACUGGCUUUCUUCUAGGUUUAUGUUUGCAGUCUUGUUUUCUUGUUCUGUUUACUGUCGGAGGCCUAAUGCCUGCUUUAUGUUAGUAUCCCAUCACUCUACUAGUCGUUAAAGACAAACCGAAAACUUGUGGUAAAUGUAUGAGUCAUUCUCUCAUAGACACAGGUGUCAUACUUAGGGUAAUUGGAUCUAGGUGUCAUCCGGUUAAAAGACAAAUGAAGGUAUUGUUUUACUUCACCUCAUUGUGUAAUUGAGCAGCAAGAGUAUCGAGCCUUUGUUUUCAGUAAACAAUAGGAUCCCAUUCAUCUUAUGCGGCUAAAAUAGAGAGUUAUGUUAACAUGGAGAUCUGUUCUAUUGGCUCAGCUAUUGUAGCCUACAGUUCUGUUCUUUUUGACAAAUUAUUGCAGUCUUCUGGUCUACUUGCUCAACUGAUUUAACGUAAUUUUUAAGGACUUCAAUUCUUUUCUAUUUGUUGUUAUUUUAGAUAGCAGUUCUGGUCUAUUUUUUUUUCUAUCAUAAAUUAUAGUUUUUAUUCUUUGACUAAUGAAACCUGCAAGAUAGCAGUUCUAUUUUCUUUUUCUCCUAUUGUAAAUUAGUUUUAUUCUUUGACUAAUGAAACCUGCAUCUAUCCUAAUAAACGUAAAUUGUUGUAUAAUUUUAUUAGCUGGUAUUCAACUGAAGCGGCAGUUUGAUAGUUUGCAAUGUCACCUUAUGACCUGAACAGAGGAUAUGCUUUUAGGUACAUCAAAUUAUAGUUCGCUUCGAUGUACCAGUCUACAUACACCCCCCUCCUCACAACCUGGCUGAGACGUGUAGCAUGAAGUUUUCUCGAGGCCUAAUAGUCUCUACGAUGGUGACAUCGUCUUUAAUUAGCCUCUCUGUGUGUCUGACAGAUUCUUGCCUUGCUUAUUAUUGUGUGACUCAAGACAUUCAUACCUGGAUCUAGCUGAUGAUUGGCGUGCCAUGUGUGCAGUUCUGCUUGACUGAGAUUGUCUGCCAAGUUUUUACAAAGAAGAGUUACAUUCUAUUUGUUGACGUUAGGAAACUCAUGACGGAACUACUUCAUUUGGGGCUCUAUCUCUAUCUUUGGAUUGGUUAGCGAUGAUUACUCAAUGCAACUAUUUCAUUCUAACACCACUGUGUGGCUGAUGGCUUAUAGAACACUUCUUGUUCGUCUGUUAAGAUAAUAGCAAGGUACUGUUUUGAUUACGUGGCUAUGCUGACCCAGUUGCGACCUGCUUAUUUCGCCACAUCUGAUGCUGAGCAAUCUGUUUAUCGCCAGGAUUUUAAUUAAAGUUCUCCUAAAGUGGUCUGUGUAAAAUACCAUGUUUUUAAUUCAAAUCAUUAUCUAGAAGAGUUCAUUUGAUGACAGUUGUGUGCUUGAAGAGCCACUAGUGGUGUGCAUUGAGAUCUGACCAAUGUCGUCGUAUUGGACUAUAAUAACAAUGAUGAGCCUCUGUGAUACGUACUAGACACGUGGUGUUUAGUGAGCGGUCAGUUUUCCUUUUUUGGAUUAAAAUUUAAUAUUCCUGGAUCUGGAUAUGGAUUAGCUGACAAUGACAAGUGCCUGGUCGAGGUACUACAUCAGAUACAAUGGAAUAUUCCGGAAACAGCUGACAGCCUAUGUGGCUUGGGUCAACUCACAGCUGAAGAAGAAGCCUGGAGCCCAUCUUGUAGAGGAUCUCAGAAAUGAUGUCAGAGAUGGUGUGGCUCUGAUUGACUUAAUCCAAGUCAUAGCUAAUGAAGAGAUUGAAGGAGCUCACCCUGCACCAUCAACCUACUCUCAGAUGAAGGAGAAUGUGGAUAAAGUUUUGCUGUUCAUGUCUGCACACAAAAUAAAAAUGCAUCAUAUCACAACUAGAGACAUUGUUGAAGGCAAUCUUAAAGCUAUAAUGAGGCUAGUCCUGGCUUUGGCUGCCCAUUACAAACCUAACAGUGUCAGACACUCAUCGCAAGCGAAUAAACAAAACACAGGGAUUGCUGGGAUAGCACAAGGUGCUGCGGCUACACUUACUGAGGCCAGGAGGAAUGCUUCCAGAGCAGGACACAGAUACAGGAGAAGAAGACAAAGGGAAGAUAGUUCUGACAUGAUGUGCAGCGACUCAGAUCACUCACAGAACUAUGGGAGCUCACAGAAAAAGUCUACAUCCUCGUCUAACUUUUCCCAGAGCCAGCACCACUAUCACCACCAGCAUUCUCACCACCGCCACACUGAUCAGCGGUUGGUUGGGGAAGGGGAGUCAGGUCUGAAGAUUGAUUGUCGUGCUGAGCUGGAAGGUGCCAGUGCAAGCAGUAGCCCUGUCUCUAGUCACAAUGCCAGCCCUAGAGCUAGUCUGUAUCUCACUGAGCCAUCGUCCUCAAUGGAAGGAUUGUUGGCAGUAGCUGGAAGUAACAAAGCAGGUGCAGUAAUGGUAACUUCCUGUGAAAGUGAUGCCAUGGUGGACUCUGGUUACACUGAGAUUGUGGACUCUAUCAAGGACACCCACCAAAUGCUGUUCCAGCUCCAUGACCUACUUCUAAAUGGAGAGAAUACCCCCAGUGAACCUCUUGUAUCUGGUGUGGCUCAGAGCUCAAAUAUUAUGGAAACUAUUACAAUCCUGAAGGCCAGAGUGUUACACAAUGAAGAGAUAGCAGAAACAUUGAGGGUAGAGAACAACAAAAUAAAAAAUGAAUGUAGAGAACUCUAUGGCACAAAGGCUGCCUUACAGCAUAGACUUGCAGAACAAGAGAGUCAGUUGUCGUCUGUGAAGUCUGAGCUCAUGACAUUAGAGUUGGCUAAAGAAACACUGGCAUUGGAGACAGAAACACUGAAGAAGCAAUUGAGUGAGCGUGAACAGAUUUUGUCUGAUGUCAAGAAAAGCUACGUGAGACAGGUUGAGGAGAAAGACAAAUUGAUCAGUGAUUUAAGGAAGGAGUUGUUGAAACGAGAUCAUGCAGCCACUAUACAGAAUGAACAAAACAAUCACAUGGAGAGGUUUGAUCACAAAGUUGGAGACAGAUCUGAUUUAGCAGAACUGGAGAUACUUAGAGAUAAUUUCAAACAGGCUAGAACACAGAUAUCUUUUGAAGAUCCUGGGAAUGCUCUGAUGGACUCCCUGGAGAAUGGCCUGUCAAGACUGCUAGACAAGGUCCACAUCAAUGGCUCAAUGACUGGUGUACCAGUUGGGCUUUCAUUGAACCCAGGCAAAGUCAAAUCACCAAUGUCAAAACCAACCGGUUCCCCAAGAGCAAAGAAAGUCAUAGCCAGAGAACCUUUGCGAGUGACACCGAGGACUCCACAACAUCGGGUCACCUCCAGCUCUCCAGGUCGGGGGUCUCCUGUUUGGAGAGGAGGAGGGGUUGUCCAGCAGAGUGUGACCAGAGUUCAGCUAAGCAAACAAUUCAAUCCUUCCAGCCUCCCAAGUAAAGGCAGUCCUGGAAGAGGAGGGAAGUCACAGAUUCCUGUCUUGAAUGAUUUAACUGUUUCAGGUAGCCGUGCUAAAGGUACAUCCCCAAGCCCAACUGAGCCACUUCCAACUAAUGUCAUCUACUACAUUUCCAACUCUGACAAGCCUUUUACCUGCUUGAUUAGGAAAAAAUUGGGAGAAAUCCGAUUGAGAGACUUAAAAUGUGUGAUACCAGAUUCCAAUUUGUACCAUUACUUCUUCAAAGCUUUGGAUCCAGAGUAUGGGUCUGUUAAAGAAGAGUUGUCUAAUGAUGAUGACAUAUUGCCUGGUUGGGAAGGGAAAAUUGUAGCUUGGCUGGAAGAGGAAACUGGAACAGCUUGUUGACCAAGUGCUUGCUUACCUGGCUAGUUUCUCCAUGCAUGCAUGUCAAACAAUUUAUUAUAUAGCCCAAUCUUAGCUGGACCUUUCUUCUUUUAUGUCAGUUGUAUUCAAACUUGCAUUGCAUUUAGUGCUUUGGUCCUUUUGGUGUAGAUGUUACACUCAUUGUAAAGUAGUUGUUGUGUGGACAACUAAAAGUUACAGUGAUCAGCAACCAACUUCCUCCCUUGUCUUAAGGUGGAUGUGACCCUCUUGCUUUGUGAUUCAUAUUGUCUACCUGGUGUUAUUUGAUUCAUAUCUAAUAUAUACAACUUAUAAAAGGCACAGUUUUCAGUUGUGCUCUGUGACUUAACAAAUGAACUAUAUGUGGUUCAUGAAUCUCCAAAGUUGAAGAAUCACUGAUAUGAAUGUCUUUGUGUCUGAGUAUGUGAAUGCCUUAUUGAGUAGCUUGAUUUGAAAUCUGGUUUUGUCAGAUGAGGCUUUAGAAAGAAAUAUUGUCUAAAAACUACAUAUAUCAAUCUCUUUGAGAUGAUGAUUUCCUGAAAUACCAACAUUUCCCCAGGACCUAUAAAACUGUACCAGUAGACUGUAUGUACAUUGACUUACAAGUAAAAAGAAAAUAUAUUCCUGCAGGUUAUUGCUGUAAGUUUUCUAAACAGUUCUUGGUGCUGUAAGAGAAAUCAAAGAAUAAGGAAACUACUGUCUGGGUUGAAAUUCUGUCUGGGUUGAAACUAUUUUGGCGUUAACUUUUUUUUAAAAGUCUUGCUGUUAAAGCUUACCACUGCCCAUCAUCUUAAUCUUUCCACUCUUUAAAAUCAUUGUAUUCAUUACCCUAAGGUUGUACUUCUAUUUUGGAUGUUCAUUUGUUGAAAUAAAAUAUGCUACAGAGAGGCUGUUGUGAAAAUUUGAUCAAAAUAUUGUAUUGAAUCAGAACUGUUAUAAUUUUAUCAUUGUAAAUAGAUAAGCUGAUUUAUUUUUUUCCUUAUUUCAUAUAAAAAUGUGGACUGACUUGAAGUUUCUAGAAUAAAACUAAAUCAGUGCUCAUGUGUAUAUGUCAGUGAGUUCAGAAGAGUUGCUGCCUUACUACUUAAACCAGUGUUGUUUUUAUUUGGUUGAGUUAACAUUAGUAUGUCUGUUGCUUUUUUUUUUCUAUUAAUUUUCCACUUUUUUACUUUUUUAAAUAUUUUGCAUUCCUAAAUGGCCAACAUUCCUUUGUUAACUUAAUAAAUCUUUAACUUUUGGUCUAGCGGUUAUUUAAUGUCUCUGAUCAUAGCCAUCUAUAGAGCAUAGUCAUGAUAAAGAAGAUAUAAAACAUUUAUUCAUUAUUAAUGUUUGAAAGCAAACACCCAAGGUUGUUGUUUUUUUUUUUCAAUUUAAUUGUUUUGUAUUUCAAAUGGAGGAUCAGUAGUUGCAUGUCCAGAUGUCAAGCCUCAGGUCUUGAAAUACUCCCACAUCUCUUUGUUUAGAAACAGGUUCAUAUCAAUAGCAUUUAGCCUGUGAAUUGCUGGCUAAGAAUAAGUGUUUUUUUUUCUGCUUUAUAUCUUUAAAUGAGAAUCUUUUUCACAAUUAAUACAGUUUAAGACACAGACCUAUUAAUUUUUUUUUUAUAUAGCUAGAAAGUUCCAGAAUGAAAUGCUCUUUUUAUACAUAGAUCAAUCUAAAACUAUUUUCUUUAUUAAUGUUUCAAGGCUAUUACUCUUUUUCUUUUAUUGAAUUGAAUUAGGAUCAGUAGUUAUAUGUCCAGCUGCAAUGCUCGCAUAUCUAGAAACGGGUUAAAAAAAUUUUUGCUUCAUAUCUAUAAAGAGAGCAUCUGCAAAAGUAAUUUAGGCACUGACCUAUAUUUUUGUUUCCCAUUGCUAGAAAGUUUCAGAAUUAAAUGCUUUUCCACUUUUUGAUAUAGCAUUGCGUUUUUAGCUUCAUAAAAAUAUUGAAUUAUUAAGGCAAACAACUGAAAUCAGUUCAAUUUUUAACAGACACAAUUAGCUAAACAUCUGUCUGAUUGAUACAUUUAACUCUCAUGUAACUAAACCUCUAAUACACUUUGUUUUUAUUUAUUUUGGAGUAUUUUUUUUAAACCACAUUCCUUUGUUUGUACUAUUUAUAAUUAUUAUAUUUUGACUCGACAAUAUUGUAUUGAAAUUUAUUGCCUCCCUUAAUUGACAUGGAUUACCUCCCACCAGUGUUGACAUGGGUAACCUUCAAAGUAAUAGCCAUUGCAAUGUCUGCAUGGAUAACUGUAUUACAUGUGGCUAUGUACUGUAUCUGCAGAGCAUAUUGGAUGUGACUUUAUAUGUAACAUUUGGUUUGGCUUUAUGUUUAAUCUGUGGUUUACUCAGCGUUGGUGGUAACCUAUGGUCAUCUCUCUAGUGGUCAGUCAUGGCCAUCUGUUGUGAUCAUUUCUCUAUCUGGUCAACAUGAAAAAUGUUAAAUGUGCAUUACUUAUUUAGUGUGCUACAUGUCCCAGUGUUCAUUCAUCUGUGUAAAGGUUGAGAAUCCUUGUAAUCAAUGGAUAUGAAGAAUCCCAUGUCAGCUCUCCCAACACAGCUCAUCAUUUAUUUGGGUGUAAAUAAUGUCUCAACGUCUUUCACAUUUUUGUUCUGACAUUUCCACCAUUACAAUCUGUUUAUUUAUUACCAUGUGUGGCAUAACUUCACAGUCGAUUUCAAGCUUUCAUGAAUGGCUUUGAAUUCACAUCAUUUUGUCACAAUUCAAUUUAUUAUUCAUAAAACAUAAUGACAAUAAUUGCGUGUGUAUGAAGAUCAUCUUUCUUUUUGAACAUUUUUUUUUUGUGAUCUCAAAUUUUUUUUUUUUUUGUUAGUUUUGUAUUUCUUGUCAUCACUUAUUCCAAUGAAUGCCAGCAAUGUUGUGACAAGAUUUCUACAUCAGACCCACCUAGAGAUAAACUUUUGAAAUGGUCAUAAAAUGUUUUACCUUGAUUCAUUGAUUCCAAGUUUUAUAAAUCUAUGUUCAGAGAUGUUUUGUUUUAUUUACCCUGUGUAUUAUAGUUGGUAGUUUCUGCUAACUAUGAAAUUGCAAUAAAUAUUUGAAUGCUUACUUUAUUUUUAUUUUUUUUUUACUGGUACUUAUAGAUGGGAAGGAAGGGGGAAGAGAAAUGACUAUUUCAAAACAGUAGUCCACUGCUUUGGACCAAAUACUCAUUUUUGGAACAGAUUUUUUAUAUUUAAUACAUUUGAUGCUAUUUUUUUGUUUGUUUUAUUUACAUGUCAACUACUUGGACAUAUCAAAACCUUUAGCAUGGGGUUGACAUAGUGCAACAGUGAUGAGAGCAUGCACUUAAAGGUUGUGUACCAUUUAAGCUCAUUGUACAAGUCAGUGACUAGUUGUAUAUCAGUUUUAACUGAUUGAUCAAGACUGUGAUCAGUUUCACUUGUAAGACCAGUUGGUUGUGUUCAAAGUCAAUACUCUCUGGAAUUAGUUGGAUCAUUUCUAGUAUAUAGGUUUUUACAAUGCACAUUUUUAUUUUAUUUUUUACUAUAAAGUGUUGUUUGUGUUUGUUUGUUUUUUUUGGCUUUGGUGAAAAAAAUAGAGUGUCUCAGACAGAGUUGUUUAAAAUUAGAAAGCAGAUUGAUUAUAUCUCCUUUUUAAACAAUUGGAUGACAAUACUUGGUUCUGGACUUCAUAUCUUUGUUGUUGGGGUUAGUCUUAACAUUGACUCAGUUUGUUAGUGGUUUCGGUAGCCUUAACAUUGGCUCAGUUUGUUAGUGGUUGCCUUAACAUUGGCUCAGUUUGUUUGUGGUAGCCUUAAUAUUGGCUCAGUUUGUUAGUGGUAGUCUUAACAUUGACUCAGUUUGUUAGUGGUAGUCUUAACAUUAACUCAGUUUGUUAGUGGUAGUCUUAACAUUGGCUCAGUUUGUUAGUGGUAGCCUUAACAUUGGCUCAGUUUGUUAGUGGUAGCCUUAACAUUGGCUCAGUUUGUCAGUGGUAGCCUUAACAUUGGCUCAGUUUGUUAGUGGUAGCCUUAACAUUGGCUCAGUUUGUGGUAGCCUUAACAUUGACCCAGUUAAUGAAAAAAUGUUAAAGCCUUUUAGAUUUCUUAGAUUUAAAAAAAAAAGUGUGCACAUUUAACAUUGUAUGGGCAUACUGGUUCUGUAGGCCGAGACCAAGAAACAUGUCCUUUAAUCGGAGAUGGUUGAUAACUAUAAAUAGCUAGCUAUUUGAUGUACAGAUAUUAGGAAGUGUUGAUAGCUUUGUAAUUUAGAAGGUAUACAAUACAAUUCCUAAGUUUAUUUGUUUGUAGCAUGAACCAAUUUGUCUUAAAUAUUUGGAUUUCAAGAAAACAUCCUUGACAUUGUUUAGAGUAAAAAAUUUAACAUGGAAAUCCACAAUAAUUAAAAAUCAAUUUUAGAAUACAAGAUAAUAACUUAUUAAACUUAAUAUAUAGACUAUAUUGACAUAGCCAACUGCAGAUUUUGUUGCUUUUGUUUCCAUUUUCAUAGUUGUAAAUUAUGCAUAAAGUUGGCUUUUGUAUGGCCUCUGUCAGUUGCCAAGCAAUUUAUAGCAUGAAAUGAAAGCUAUUGUCAAAAGAAGGUCGUAGUUGUGAUUUUAUUGAUGUCCUAAACAUUUACCAUCACUUAUCCUACUUAGUGUAUGUUGUGAUCUCUCAGUAUCUUUUGAUUGCAUUCAAGUUGUCCAUUUCAACAUUUACAUGUUAGAAUGCAUCUUAUUUAGUGUAUGUUGUGAUUCAUCAGUAUCUUUUGACUGCAUUCAAGUUGUCCAUUUCAACAUUUACAUGUUAGACUGCUGGACAAUGUUAGAUUUGAUUUAUCAUUUGAAAUGAACAAACUUUUGGUGGACUGACUCUAAUACAAUAGCUUUGUAUUGAUGAAGGAAUGGAAUGCUGGAAAACAAAAUGUGUAGGUAGAAAGGUUGUAUGUUCUAGCCCUACUUAGAGAAUUGUAGUAUCAUUUUUAAAGUAAAAAAAAAAUGUGAUGUCAGCAAGCAAAAUUCUUGUCCCACCAAGAAUAGACUGUCUAGGUCACUAUAAUGUCCUUGCUUAUUUCAUAAUUAGCUUAUGUGUCUAGUGACUGUGUUUACAUUAGCUUUGUACUUAUCUUUAGAUACAAUGUGUGUUAAUUAGUGUUCAAAUCACACAUUUUAUUUGCCAUCCAGUGACCCUAUAUAAAAGCCUUUCCAAAAUGUAUGGAUUGGUUUAGCUUUAUUUUAAAUAAGAAAUGAAAUAAUAUCCAAUGAAUAAAAAGUUUUUCAUGAGAUGUUUGUAUGGUAUAAGAAACAUUUUAAGGCUUUUUUUUUUUUCCAAUUCAACAUGCAACUUCAAUGAUUGUUUGUAUCAUUGGUGCCUGUGUUAAACCUUGAACUAUUUGGAAAUAGAAGUUUUUGAAAAAAAAAAAUUUAGGGCUGGCAUUCCAUUCAGGUCAGUUAGCUAUAUAAUAAUAACCAGCUUUGACUAUUCAAGGGUAUUUGAAGAAACAAAAAAUAUAUCUUGAUUGAAAUCAUAAUUUGUUAGUUUAGCUUUUUCAAAACCUGUAUGCUUGUUAGUGUAUGGACAUCAUCAAUAUAGGAACUGGUGUUGAUGUGUUGUAUUCAUUAGCUUAGAUUCCAUCCCUUAUUAUAUAUCAACUGAAUGGUUAUGUAAAUAAGACUUAGUACCAUAGCAAGCCUGUCUCAGUGGAAGCUUUUUUUUUUUUACAUGAAUUUUUACAAAAAUUGAAGUUGUUCAAUUAAAUGCAUUGAAAAACUUCUUAAUAUAUUUGUAUACAUCACAUUUCUAGUCACUUAGGUCAAAAAAAAAAGAGUUGCUUAACUGAAACUUUUUGUUCUUAUGUACACCAAUAUUGACUGUGUAUUUUAUGAAGUCUGUGUAACUGUAUUUUGACUAUAUCAGUAUUUCAACCAAGCUCUCUUACUUCUAACAACUAAAACCAUUUACAAUUUUUGUUUGUCUGCUGCUCUAGUGGACAAAAUUUCUCAUUUGGUCAAUAAAAUUAAGAAUUUGGAAACAUCUUUUUGUUAUUUUAUUAAAUACUUCAAAAUGUUUAUCAUAUAUCAAAUAUACUAUAAAUAUAUUACUCCCACAAUAUACCAGUAUUUUAAUAUUUUCAUUGUUUAACUUCCGCUGAUGAAAAAAAGGAUUACCUAGCUGUGUGAAAUUAAAAACUGUUUGCCAGAUAGGCCACUGACUUUAUGCUCUUCAUAAAAUGCUCUUUUCAAAAAAAGUUUUUCAGAGUUAGCAUUUAGAUAAAUAAAAAUAUAAGUUAACUGUGACUACAAUGUUGAAGUAUUUGCCUAUCACUGUCUUAAUCUUACACAUAUACUAUUAGUUACUAUAUCUAGUUUCUUAACCCUAGUAGCCAUGAAAACUGCUAGAAAAUUAACAAAAGCAAACCAAGGCAAUUUUGAAUUCAAUUAGUUCAGACAAUUUAAUUUCAAUUCCUCCUAAUUGUAUUGCUAGUUGUGGUAUAUAUCACAUGAACUGCUUACAAAAACAUGUUGAACAAAAUGAACAGAGAACAAACAAAUGGUGUGUAACAUUUGGAUUGCAAAUACUUCCACUUCACAAGGCAAGCAUUCAACACUCUCAGGAGAUAUAUACAAUAAUGGGUUAGAUGGCACUAGGAUUAGAUUUGUUAGAAUACUUAUUACACACAAAAUUGUCUUGCUUCCAAAUCUGUCAAAUGAGGACACAAAUGGGGAAAAAAGUCAAGCUUUAUGUACAAUUAUGAGUUGUUGAACAGGGAAUAUAUGUAAUAAUGCAUCAUAAUUUCUAGUGUUGCCAGAAUGAGACAAUGAAUUAAAAUUGCACUAUGUUUUAAACUCUAUAUUUGAGUAUCAGAAUAGUGUGAAUGGUGUAAUGUUUUGACUUGAAAACAUCUGCUUAUUAUCAUAAACAAUGAUUCUUGUUACCUUAAGUUUUAGAACAUGUGUCUGCAAAGUUUAUACUCUAGGGCAACUUGCAUUUUCUGGUGAGAUUUGAGUUUGGGGAGGUUCAGGUAAAUGUCUUUUAUUUAUUCAUCAUUAAUUACUCUCCUUCCUCUACUAGAGAAACCUCAAAGUGAAAUGUACUUUUUAUACUCAUUACAAAUGCAUGUUAUGUGUCUGAACAUUGAAGGAGAAGUAAUUUGCUUUCCAUUCUAAUAUGAUGAUUGUGCAUUGUUACUAAGCCAGAACCACAUAUUAGAACUUACAAGCCCCCAGUAGAUAAAAGGAGAUUAUAACAAUGUUAGUGAGCUCUAAAUUAUUAACAAAAUUACCAAGUAUUGUUCUUUACAAAUAUCAUUUUUUUACAAAUGUGUAGAUAGAAAUACAAGUUGCCCUGCUAUAGCCUAAAACAGAUUCAGAAGAUGAUAUGCCAUAGUUUAAAAAUAGAAAAAAAAAGUAUUGAGGUAGAACACAGCACAACCAUGACAUCAUCUGGCCUAGCCAAAGUGAAAUACUUACAAAAUUGCCUGCAUAGGCCCUAUUUGUUUCUCUUUUAAGUUUUAUCAACUCAAACAAAAUAAUGACAAAUAGUAAGUCCCUAUUCUUGGAAAAUAAAAAUGACUAAGAGUUUUCAUUACCCAAAUAUUUUUUGAGCUUCACAUAGAGUAGAAUUGAUUUGUGCUAAACAAAUUGCUCUUGUCAAGAAACCUUACACUAAAUGUAAUUUGUUUAAAACAAUGUAUAGCUUGAAUGUAAAAUCAAUUCAGUACAUUCAAUUUCAUUAAAAUCAAAAUGACCACAAAUUAAAACAAAACAAAAAAUCAACUAAAAUGUCAGUAGUGUAGACCUACAACUGAACUGUUAGUGUUUUUUUUUGUUUUUUUUUUUGUUUUUUGUUAACACAACAUAAAAUUUGUGAGAACUGCCAGUAAUAGACAAAAAAGAAAACA